AUGGCGGCGCCGUCGUCUCUGCUCCGAGCGGGCUUCAGAUCCGCGCGAGACGCGCUGAACCGCGGCGACAGAUGCAGCGUUGCUGGCAGUCUCUUUUCGCGGGCGUUGCAGCAGCUCCAUCCCUCCGAGCGCGCCAAGUUCAGCACUGAAAGUGGCAGUGCUGCCGAGGAAGUGACGACUCCAGCGCAGCAAUCUGCCGCUGGUGCCGGUGCUGCUGCUGGUGCUGAUUCAGGAGCUGCUGGUGAUGCUGCUGGCGGUGCUUCAAGCAAUGCCGCUGCAACUGACGCAGCGUCGAGCGGUGCUGCGGUGACGAGCGGCACGGAUGGGUCUAGUGCGGUGCUGGCGAAGCUGCUCAACGUGCCCCGCAUGAUGCUCAAGGAGGAGGUUCUGCGAUCCUUCCGCUACGCUGCGCCUGCGCUGACGCCAGCCGACGUGUUCACUGUGCUGGACGACCGCCUGCACACACUGCACUGGCAGCUUGAGUUCAAGUCAACCGAAGACUACAGCAAUGCCCGGGGGCUCGUGGAGAAUUACAAAAGGCAAGGCUCGCGGAUACGCCUCCAAGAGCUGUCUUCCAGGGACCACGAGCUUGCGUUCCACAAGAAGCAUCACAACUGGGAGCUUCGCCAGUGGAGAGACGUCUCGCUCAUCAUGACAGGCCUCCCGGACGAUGUCAAAACCGAUGACAUAGAGCAGUUCUUUGAAGACUACAUGCUGCACCCGCCCGCCGUGUACCACGUCAGGAUAGAACGGAGAGGUGUCCCCACACCCAUGAGGCUGCGCAUGAAGGGCGAGACGCGGCCGAUAGUGGACCUCGUGGAGCGCCGUGCCGUGGUGCGAUUCGCCAACCAGAUGGAAGCGCUAAGGGCUUUAAGGGAGAAGCACAGGGAGUUCGUGGGCGACAGGAUGGUGGAGCUCAGCCUUCUACAGUGA